AUGGCCGACGAAAUCUCCAAUCCCGUAGAACCCUCUCAGUCUUUGAAACGACCAUUAGAUGGAGAGCAAUUGGAGGAAGCGCAUCCACCACAACCAAUUCUACCAGAAGAUUCAGCAAUCACAAAGGCGGAGAAAGUGGAGAGAAAUGGUGCAAACGGUGACUCUGCGAACAAUGGAGAGCCAGCGGCGAAAAGGGUCAGGACUGAGGAGCAAGAUCAUAAACCCACCACGACAGAUUCUCGUGACAGGGUUAGAGGAAUAGCUUCUAUCAAGGCCGAAUACUUGCUUCAACCAGCCGGAAGUCGAUCAGCCACAGAUAGUCGCAAUCCCGUAGCCAACGACGAUGCGGCAGAAGAGAAACCUCAUGGUGACGAUCGUGAAAACGGAGGCAAAAAGAAGAAGAAGGAGAAGGGCCAAAAUAAAGAUCGUCAAUUUGGGUCUUGGGGUGAUACAAUUAAGUUAUGCAAUAGCAGGUCGAACUCGCCAGAAUUUUCGCCCCAGGAAUGCAGUUUUGGAGAUACCUGUAAAUGCGAACACGACCUCAGGAAAUAUUUGGCCGAAGGAAAGCGAGAAGACUUGACCACAUUCAACUCGAAGUGCCCAAUUUGGGAGGAUAAUGGCACAUGCCUGGCUGGUUGGAAGUGCCGUUUUGUAGGAAGUCAUUCUCAGGAGGUCAAAAGGGAGGAUGGUCGAAUGGAAUUGGUCCUCAUAGAUGACUCAGAUCGUGCAAGUGUCACGGUAGGUGAGGGUGGAAAAAUCCUCACAGGUGUAGUGAACGUGGUCAGUACCAAAGAAAAGCUUGAUCUGGCUCGGAGGAGAACGCAAACAGAGAAAGCCGAUGUCUAUACGAAAUGGCUGGAACAGAAUUCAGAGGAAGUUAAUAGACAAAGCAACAUGAAAAAGGAACAGACUGAGGAAGAAAAGAAAGAGAAUCGUGCGCGGUUUGUUGAACCUCCGUUUCUCCCUUCUGAGAAGCGACGGAUUUACUUUGGACCCGAAACACCUGUUCUUGCUCCUCUCACCACUCAAGGCAAUCUUCCAUUUCGUCGACUCUGUGUGGAACUAGGAGCACAGCUUACUUACUCGGAAAUGGCCAUGUCGAUACCCUUGUUCCAAGGCCAAAAAUCCGAAUGGGCAUUAAUGAAGGCACAUCAGAGCGAAAUCACACCACCACGAGUCAAUGCAAAUACGAGUUCGAUUGUUCAAACUUAUGACAAUUCAAAGGACAUGAAGUUUGGUACCCAGAUUUCGGCCAACAAGCCACAACAAGCAGUCAAAGCUGCUGAAGUUCUAAGCCGAUUGGUGCCACAUUUGCGAGUAAUCGAUCUUAAUUGUGGAUGUCCAAUUGAACUUGUAUAUCGACAAGGAGCUGGCUCAGCAUUGCUUGAUGCGCCAUCGAAGUUGGAGAAAAUGAUUCGAGGCAUGAAUGCGGUUUCUGGGGAAAUUCCUAUCACAGCCAAGAUCCGAAUGGGCACCAUGACAGGAAAGCCUAACGCCCUUAAAAAUAUUGAACGUUUAGCAUUUGGUGGUGCCGAAUCCCGCGAGAGACUUGGUGCUCCUGGUUGCGCUGCUAUUACUCUUCAUGGCCGUAGCAGACAACAAAGAUAUACCAAGAAUGCCGACUGGAGCUACAUUGCGGAAUGUGCUGCUCUCGUCAAGUCAUACAAUCAAAAGAAGGAUGAUUUGACAGACACAAUCAUGGAACCAGAUGCCCGCACAUUGCCAAAUGCCCCCGACGGAAAACUAUAUUUCAUCGGCAACGGUGAUUGUUAUUCUCACAAUGAUUAUCUCGACCACAUACAGAAUGCCGGCGUAGAUUCCGUCAUGGUGGCACGUGGUGCACUCAUCAAACCAUGGCUCUUCGAAGAGAUUGAAAAGGGACAAACCCUUGAUAAAUCCGCCUCAGAGCGUCUACAAUAUGUUGAGAAAUUCACACGAUACGGACUCGAAGCCUGGGGCUCUGAUGAGAUAGGUGUUGGUCAGACCAGACGAUUCUUAUUAGAAUGGUUAAGCUUCGCUCAUAGAUAUGUUCCAGCAGGUAUCUUGGAACAUUUACCACCCAGCUUGCAGGAUCGUCCACCGGCAUACAAGGGAAGAAAUGAUUUAGAGACGCUAUUGGCCAGUGAUAAUUAUAUGGAUUGGAUGAAGAUUAGUGAAAUGUUCCUGGGUCCCGCACACAAAGACUUCAAGUUCCAACCUAAACAUAAAUCAAACAGCUAUGAGAUCGAAGCGGAAGGAUAG